AUGUCUUCUCAAGUUUCAAAUUUUCCUGCUUCCAUUAUGAAAACCAAUGAUAUUCCUGAUGUUAAGCGUUCUCUUGCAAAUUUUCAUCCUAAUAUUUGGAAGGAACAUUUCCUUUCAUUUACAUUUGAUGAUGCAUUGAAAGUAGAUGAGGGCAUGAAAGAAAGAACUGAAAAGUUGAAAGAAGAAAUAAGAAUGAUGAUGAUUGCUUAUGUGGAAAAUCAACUGGUUAAGUUAAAUUUGGUUGAUUCAAUCCAACGGCUAGGAGUAUCCUAUCAUUUUGAAGAUGAGAUUGAUGAAUUCUUAGAACAUAUAUAUGUGUCUUAUAAUAAUUCUCUUUUAUUGAGUAACAAAGAUAGUGAAGGUGAAGAUCUUCAUAUUACUGCUCUUCUAUUUCGACUUCUGAGGCAACAAGGUUAUAGGAUUUCAUGUGAUAUAUUUUUGAAGUUCAUGGACGACAAUGGAAAAUUCAAAGAGUCACUGGUUGAGGAUGAAAGAGGAAUAUUGAGCCUAUAUGAAGCAUCACAUAUGAUGGUACAUGGAGAAGCUUUGCUCGAGGAAGCUCUUGAAUUUACAACCACACAUCUUCAAACAUAUAUUCAUCGUUACUCAAAUAUUAAUCCAAGUUUUGCAUCUGAAGUUAGUAAUGCAUUGAAAUUGCCUAUUAGAAAAGGUGUUCCAAGAAUCAAGGCAAGAGAGUAUUUGGAAAUUUACCAACAGCAUCCUUCUCACAACGAGACUUUGCUUACAUUCUCAAAACUUGACUUCAACACCUUACAAAAGCUUCACCAAAAGGAGCUAGCGGAAAUCUGCAGAUGGUGGAAGGAUUUGAACGUUUCAACAAACUUUCCAUUUGCGAGAGAUCGAAUUGUGGAGUGUUACUUUUGGAUAUUGAGUAUAUAUUUUGAACCUCAUUUCAAGUUUGGAAGGAAAAUAUUAACUAAAGUGAUCGCUAUGACCUCAAUUAUGGAUGAUAUAUAUGAUGCAUAUGGGACAUUUGAAGAGCUCCAAGUUUUUACCUUAGCAAUCAAAAGAUGGGACAUGAGCAUGAUCAAUCUACUGCCGAAGUAUAUGAAAGUUUAUUAUACAACUCUGCUUGAUCUUUUUGAAGAGAUUGAUAAAGAGAUAGUCAAUGAUGAAACAUCCUAUCGCUCUCACUUUGCAAAAGAAGCCAUGAAAAGGCAAGCUGAAUCCUAUUUCAAAGAAGCUGAAUGGCUAAACAAAAAUUAUAAACCAAAAUAUGAAGAAUACAUGGAAGUGGCUUUAGCUAGUUCAGGUUAUGAACUACUUUCAACUAUUUCAUUUGUUUGCAUGGGUGACAUUGCAACAGAGGAAAUAUUUGAUUGGCUAUUUGAUUGUCCCAAAAUACUUAAAGCCUCAACCACUAUUUCUAGACUUAUGGACGAUGUUGUCUCCUACAAGUUUGAGAAAGAAAGAGAACAUGUUGUUUCUGCGGUUGAAUGUUACAUGAACAAUUAUGGGUGCUCAGAAGAAGAAACAUGUGCUAACUUACUUAAGCAAGUAAAAGAUGCAUGGAAGAAUAUAAAUAAAUGUUGCCUUCAUCCGAUGACUGUUCCAGUUCCAUUUUUAGUUUGUGUAUUAAAUCUCACAAGAGUUAUGGCUCUACUUUAUUCCGAUGAAGAUGGAUAUACAAAUUCCAAGGGUAGGACUAAACUUCUUAUUCAGUCUCUACUUAUUGAUCCAUUAUAUUUGUAA